UUCUUACCGUGUGAAGACCUUUGUAAGCGACAUGACACACUAUUCAUUAGGACUUAUGUACGUAUUCCAUUCUUCUUUUGGAGAAAGACAUGCCACUUAAACUUUUACUGAAGUGGAAACGGAAAUUAUUUCAUAAAGUUACAAAACGGAAGUACUUCCCACUCCUUUGUAUAGGGCUUAGUCUUGUUAUCAUUUUUCCAGUCUUCAUCCCUUUUCGGAUCGUGGAUCUCCUCUUCCAAAACCGCAGAGGUGUUCCGAAUUAUCAGUGUGGGGGACCCAAGAACCCAUUUCUAGCAGAGGAUAUACUCUGUCAAGAAAGAAAGAAGUUUCUGCCAAAUUUCAAAAAUCCGUGUUGGUAUGAGUUUAAAGGAAACAGGACGUAUAAUAGACUCCGAUGUCUUCCUUACUUCCACAUUUUUGGUGUCUGCAAGUCCGGCACUACGGACCUCUUUUUUCGGUUAAUACAACAUCCUCAGAUAGUUCCAAAUAGAGGUUUAAUGUCCAAAGAAACCUGGUUCUGGUCCUGGCAUCGUUACGGCACAGAUCUCAAGAAAAGAAAUGUUUCAGUCGAUCCGCAUCAGUUUCUACCAUUGGACCAUUUCAUAGAUUUCUUCCAAGUUCCACAGAUAUCGAAGAUGAAGGUAUCAUCAAACGGCUCCAAAUAUUCUGACAUCAUCACAGGUCAUGCAGACCCCAUGGAUUUUUGGGACAACACGUUAUGGCGAUUUAUCCCCCAGAACUACAAGAAUGACUUAGAGCCGACCGUCACCACGCCAUAUCUGAUCCGCCAUGUACAACCCAAUAUAAAACUCAUCCUACUACUCAGGGAACCAGUGGAAAGAUUAUACAGUCAAUACUACCAUCUUGGUUUCGGGACGUCACCAGAGGAUUUCCAUGUAGAUGUGUCGGCCUCCAUGAGGUACAUAGAACGAUGUCGGGGUCGGGACGGUCUACGGUCCUGUCUCUAUAACAGGUCCCUUCUAAGGGAUAUGCCGACCCCGCUUUAUUCCUCCUUUUACGAUGUCCACAUAGCCAACUGGUUAGAUGUCUUCCCGAGAAACCAGAUGUUCAUCGUCCGAACCGAAGACUUCUCCAAAGACAUUAGAUCUCACCUUUUACAUUUGUUCAAAUUUCUUGAAGUUGAUGAUGUGUCAGAAACAUUAUUAAACAGAAUGUCACAGAUGUCUCACAGGUACAAAUCAGUCUUCAAGGACAAAGCUGGACCAAUGUUAAACCGCACUAGGCGCAUGCUCAGAGACUACUUCCGGGAGCCUAUGAGAAGGCUAUCACAUCUUCUUAAUGACCAAAAAUAUACAUGGGCUGACGUGUAUGGAUAGCAACUUCUCGGCGUGCUUUAAAACCGAGGAUAGCAGCAAAAAGACGCAUUAGAAAGAUAAAUUCAGUCUUUCGUGUUGAAAAAAAAGAAUAUUGUUUGAUUCGAACAUUUCUUAAAAAGAAAUGAGGUUUGACAGAAAAAGGCUUUUUAAAAGUACAUCAAAAGCAGAUGGUGCAUGUUUUAUUAAUGCUAACUGGCAUAAAUAUAGCUUAUCGUUAAAGAUUGUCAUUGUAAAUGAUAUUCUCUAAAUGUGGAUUCUCUUACACCCAUGAGAAGAAGAUUUCCAGGAAAUAUUCUGUAAGAAUCUGUCUCAAUAAUAUUAAUUAAAAUUGGAUUAUAUGUA